AUGACGGGAGGAUCAAAAUUCGAGGUCUCGAAAUUUAAUGGUCAUGGCAAUUUCGGAUUAUGGCAGACGAGAGUAAAAGAUUUAUUGUCGCAGCAAGGAAUUCAGAAAGGGCUGCGUGCAGAAAAGCUAAAGGGGAUGGAAGACGAUGAUUGGCAAGAUCUGCAGGAACGGGUGGCUGGGACGAUUCGGUUGUGCCUUGCAGAUGAAGUUAUGUAUCACGUUAUGCAUCUCAAAUCGGCGGAUGAGAUCUGGAAGAAAUUGGAAUCGCAGUUCAUGUCAAAAACCCUAACGACAAAACUGUAUCUAAAGCAGAGGUUAUACGAGCUGAAGAUACAGGAGGGGACCGAUUUAGGGCAACAUGUGAAUAUCUUCAAUCAGGUUGUCACGGAUUUGGCUUCACUCGAAGUCAAGAUUGAAGAUGAAGACAAGGCGAUGAUUUUACUGUGUUCGUUACCUCCUUCUUACGAACAUAUGGUGACUACCCUUACAUAUGGGAAAGAAACGAUCAAGACUGAGGAGAUUACUUCAGCGUUGUUGGCUCACAACCAGCAGAAAUUGAAAUCUGGAGAGUCAUCUUCUCAAAGUGACAGUUUAUAUGUGAAGGAAAAUGGGCCCAACGGAAAUGAAAGCUCGAUGAAAGACUCUACGGCAAACGGGACGUUGCUGCGGGGUCUCAACAACUAUCGGGCUGCCUCUGUGGUACCUCCGGCAACAUACGGUCGAUGGCUCGUGGUUGAGAUAGGCUGCUCAGAAAAUGACGGGGACGCCGGCGAUGGAAUCGGUCAGAAGCUGCUCACGCGAAAGAAAAUGGCGGACUGA